AGUGGCAGUAGCAAUCGAAGAGGUGAUGCUCGUGGUAGAGGUCGAGGUGGUUCGAAUAAUGCACGUUUACGACGAGCUCAGGCUUGGGAGACCGAUCUCUCUCGUCCCGAUAGUGCAAUUGACGUUGUCAACGAUUCAAAACAUUCCGGAGAUGAGGUGGACGAGGAAUCCGAUAACGUAGAAGUGAAUAUCGAAGUACCUGUUGCUAUGUGGGACUUUGAUCACUGCGACCCACGUCGAUGCUCAGGCAAGAAACUGGCUCGAUUAGGACUUAUACGAGACCUUAAGGUCGGUUCUAAGUUUCGGGGUGUUGUAGUUUCACCAAAGGGUACACAGGUGAUCAGUCCUGCGGAUCGUGAACUCGUUCAGAGUGGCGGAGUAGCUGUCGUUGAAUGUUCAUGGGCAAGACUAGAAGAGAUUCCAUGGCGCAAGAUAUCAAGUCCGCAUGAACGGUUGCUGCCAUAUCUGUUAGCAACAAAUCAAACAAAUUACGGAAAGCCUUGGCGUCUUAAUUGCGUUGAAGCGUUAGCAGCAGCUUUUUAUAUCACUGGUUUCGAUAUGUAUGCGGAGCAGCUUCUUGCACCGUUUGGUUGGGCAAGCUCGUUUUAUAAAGUCAAUAAGCCGUACAUCGAUCGAUACAAGACGUGCACAUCAGCCACGGACGUAACCGAGAUGCAGGAAACGAUCAUACGAGAGCUUGAGGAAAGCUAUGAACAAAGCCGUCAAGAAAACAAUGACACAGACGAUCUUCUAGUUGCAAAUCCUAACCAUCAGCAAUUCAGCACGGAGGUGUCGGACUCCGAUGAUGAGGAACCUCCGCCUCCCGACUCUAACUCUGAGACCUCGGGCAAUGACAGAUAGCGAGAGGUUCACAACGCCCAGCCACCCAUUUCAUCUCUGGUCCGUGAAUGUUCCCUAUCAAUAGACGAGCGGCCAUUCCCUUGAUUGUAUCGAAUGCGAAGACAAGACAGGUGUCCUAAAUGAUCAAAACGUCUCUAGCACGUUCUCUAGCCGGUAGCUAUUUAUAACGCCGGAUCAUGUAUAGUAGGACAUCACUUCUACACGUGGAGCUUCCAAGUCGUCCACUCCAAGGAAGAAAAAUGCGGCUCGGCGCUUACUGUAGUACUUGGUCCUUAGAUUUCAUUGCCUCUCCCACUUUGUGUACUAGCGAUUUGUUAGCUUCCGACGUGAUCGUGAAAAAGUAGGUACCUACGAGUAUCCCGAAAUCAUGAUGAUGCCACGAUGGCGUGGAUAAAAUUGGUCGACGAAAGGCGGAUUAGGACAAAUAUAGGUAUUAGGUAUUAGUCGUUAGCCGUCAGCGGGCCUCGACUCGCUGUUAGCACCAACCCCCGAUGAUCUAAUUAAAACCCAUCAUGUGCAUCUCCCUCCCG